UUCUCAAAUGCAUUCCUGCAAACGAGCACUAGAUGUACCGUUUUAGGGAGAAAGCGCAUGACCCACCUUUUGUGCCGGGAUAUUGACCCUCCCGCAACCACCACCCACCGCCGUUGCAUUCAGCUCAGCCACCUCUAACGCUAGCUUCGGAUCCCUCUUUCUCUUCGCAAACCUGACAAAACCACCAAAGUUCUCUGUUCGCAGAAGAAAAAAAAAAAAACGAAAGAGGAAAACACGACCUGAAACUUGAUCUCUUCUUCCUCAAAAUCCCAUGCCCAUGUCUCAGUUAUGUCCGAUUCUGAUAGUGAAUUUGCUUUUCUUGCUGAGCUCUAUUGCGGCGUCGUUUCCGAAUGGAUCCCGUUCGAUCCUUCGAGAAUUAGGCAACGAUAACGCUGUGAAGGUAGACUACGCCGUCGAUGUGAACGUCACCAAUUUCGAUGCAGUUCUUAGAGACACUCCUGCUACUUUUGCCAUCGUCGAAUUCUUCGCCCACUGGUGUCCUGCUUGCAGAAAUUAUAAGGUACCGUAUGGAAUGUUUUUGUUUCUGACAUUUGUGGAUGUACAUGUAUAUUUCCUUACUGUUUUUGGUCUUGGAGCUUCUAAUGUGCAGCCCUACUAUGAAAGAGUUGCAAGGCUUUUCAAUGGACCUGAUGCAGUGCAUCCUGGCAUUGUGUUGAUGACAAGGGUGGAUUGUGCUUUGAAGAUAAAUAAUAAACUUUGUGAUAGAUUUUCGGUGGGUCAUUAUCCCAUGCUAUUUUGGGGUCCCCCUUCCAAAUUUGUAUCUGGUAGCUGGGAACCUAAAAAGGAGAAAAGUGAAAUUCAUGUAAUUGAUGAUGGAAGGACAGCUGAACGCUUGCUUAAUUGGAUCAAUAAGCAACUAGGCAGCUCUUAUGGUUUGGAUGAUGAGAAGUUUGAAAAUGAGCAUCCUCCAUCAAAUAUAUCAGACUCUGAACAGAUUGCACGUGCUGUUUAUGAUGUUGAGGAGGCAACAUCUAUCGCUUUUGAAAUUAUAGUUGAACACAAGAUGAUCAGAUCAGAGACUCGUGCUUCACUUAUUAAAUUCCUUCAGCUUUUAGCAGUGCAUCAUCCUUCUAAGAGGUGCCGGAAGGGAAGUGCAGAAGUGCUAGUAAACUUUGAUGAACUGUGCCCACCAGACAAAAACCAGGAGAUUGUUGGUAAUGGCAAGAGUGUGCUGGGGAAUUUCCAGAUUUGCGGAAAAGAAGUUCCUCGGGGAUACUGGAUGUUUUGCCGUGGAAGCAAGAAUGAUACUAGGGGCUUCAGUUGCGGACUAUGGGUUCUAAUGCAUUCAUUAUCUGUGAGGAUUGAGGAUGCGGAGAGCCAGUUUGCCUUUACAGCUAUAUGUGAUUUUAUCCACAAUUUCUUUAUUUGCCAGGAGUGUCGCCAACAUUUCUUUCAAAUGUGUUCAAGUGUUAGCAGUCCUUUCAACACAUCUCAUGAGUUUGCCCUUUGGUUGUGGAAUGCACAUAAUAUGGUAAAUGAGAGAUUAAUGGAGGAAGAAGCGUCUCUUGGAACUGGUGACCCCAAGUUCCCGAAGAUUGUUUGGCCUCCGAAGCAGCUAUGCUCUUCAUGUUCUCCCUCUCAUGGCCAGAGAGAUGAUGGAACCAAUCGGAUUGAUUGGGAUAAGGAUGAGGUAUACGAGUUCUUAACUAAUUAUUAUGGGAAAACACUGGCUUCCCUUUACAAGGACAAGGGUCUUCUUGGGAGUGAAGUGACUGAUGGGGCUAUUGAAGAUUUGGUGGCCUCAACAAAUGCAGUUGUUGUGCCGGUGGGGGCUGCCUUGGCAAUUGCUCUUGCUAGCUGUGCAUUUGGGGCGCUUGCUUGUUACUGGCGUUCGCAACAGAAGAGUCGGAAGUAUUACCAUCAACUACACUCUUUAAAGAACAUAUGAUAUUUAAGAGGGCAGUGGGCUUUUUCAAAAUUAUAAUGAAGUAUAACAGAAAAAGGAAAGAACAAAGAUAUAGUGAGGGUGAGAAAGAAAAGUGAUUUUAAUAGUACCGUAAAUUUUCUUAUUUGUUUUCAUUCCCCAAUAUUUCAGGCCAAGGAGGAAGCCGGAACUAAGAUAGUUAGAAGGACCAAACCAAACACAGCCAUUAACUGCCUAGUUGGUGAAAUCAGGCUCUGAUAGGAAUCCAGAUUACAUACUCACUUGCCUGCUUUGAGGUCUUCUUCUUUACCCUCUAUUCGAAAUUUUCCUUAAGAAUGUAUACUCUGGAUUUGUACAGAUUCUUGUCAUAAUUGUAAUUUUGGAAGAGAACUUUUCUUGGUCAUUUUAUUUUAUGUACUUGUAUUUGUAUACUUCUCUUGUGCACUGCAUGGAUCCACAUUUUGCAUGUAUCUGCUUAAUGGAAUGCUUGCUUCUACUUU